GUUUCUCUAAAAUAAAGUACAUAAAACAACCAAUGGCUAAAUUUGCAAGCAAAAAGGGAUACUUUCCAAGACACAAAAGACAAAAAGAUGCCAACAAUGAAGAAGCGGCAGAGAACGAUGACGUUGUCUCAGUAGACUCAGACUCCCUCGAUGAAGACAUGAGCGAUAGUGAUGAAGAAGAGAAACAACAAAUUGUCAGAUUAAGAGAUCUCAAAGAUUGCAAAAUGGAUGCUUCAACUGGCAUUAACGAGAAGCUACCAAAUGGCAAGAAGAAGUUCAAGAGAGCAGUCAGGAAGAACAGAAAGUUCAAGGAAGAAGUCAACACCAAUAUUGUCUCAGAGAGCUUUGAUGUCAUCCUUGAGGAUGCUCAGCUAGCUGCUGGUGAUCCGGUUUUCUGUCAGAAUUGUCAGAGUGUAUUCAACAAAUACUCCAAAUUAGCUGGUAAACGUGCUGUCUCUGAAAUUUCAAAUGAACAGUCCAAAGAGGAGGAUGCUAAACAAGACACCAAAGAAGAAAUGCCACUUGAAGAAUCGCUUCAGAAACUCUCCAUCCCUGAGGAACCUCAAGAAGAGGAAGAAGACCAAUCCCAAGAUUUAACUGAGUCUGGCACACAAGAAAAGGAAGAAGCCAAAGAUAUCAACGAAGAAGAAAAAGAAGAUUUAAAAUACAAUGAAAAUGAAGAGGAAGAAGAAGAGACUUGGCAAUGCGAGUUUUGUUGUCAUCACAACCAAGUCAUGCUGGAAGAGGAAGAGAUUCCUACAGAAGAGUAUGUACAUUAUGUACUUGGAAUGGAUGAGGAUAAAAUUAAAAAGGGAACUGACUCAAGCUCAGUGAUCUUUUGCUUAGACGUAUCCGGCUCAAUGUGCGUCACUACUCCUGUUAAAGGUAAACUCAAAAUCAAGGGUGACAAGCUCAAAGAACUCCAGGAACUCAUGAAGUUUUCCGAUGGAUCAGAUCAAUUCUACAGUGAAAGCAGAAACUCAACCUACAUCUCAAGGCUGCAGUGAGUCCAGGCUGCUAUCGAAGCCCAAAUCAUCGAAAUGGCUGACAAGUCUCCAGAACUCAAAGUGGGAUUGGUCUCUUUCUCAGAUGAAGUGACUGUUCAUGGUGAUUGCAGCGAACAGCCCCAGACCAUUGCAGGAGACAAACUCAGUGACUACGAAUUCUUAGCUCAGAAUGGAGUUGAAGCCACCGAGACCCACUUGCAAAAAUCUAUUACUGAAGUUAGCGAAAAGCUCACUGAGAAGCUAUACGAACUCGAAGAGUCAGGCCCAACUGCGCUGGGACCAGCUUUACUAACAUCAGUGGCCAUGGCUGCGCAAGGCUCUGCUGGAAGCAGUGUAGUUCUUUGCACAGACGGGCUCUCAAAUGUUGGACUCGGCUCUAUCGAAGGCAAGCUACAGCAAGAAGCCCUUGAAUUUUACACAAAAGUAGCCGACUUGGCUCAUGAGAAUGGAGUCACCGUCAACAUCAUCAGCAUCGCUGGAGAAGAGUGUGACCUCGAGACUCUAAGAUGCAUCCCUGAAAAGACAGGAGGCGAUAUCCAAAGAGUAGAAGCUGAUAAACUAACUGAGAACUUUGCAAACAUAUUGGCAUCACCCAUAAUUGCAACUGAUGUGAAGAUGAAAGUCAUUUUGCAUAAAGGACUUGAAUUUAAAAACGAGGAUGAGAGCCAAUUAAACCACACUAAGAAUAUCUUCACAAAAUCAUAUGGAAACGUAACGGCUGAAUCUGAAAUAACUUUUGAAUACAAGAUUAAGAGCAAAGAGGAGUUGAAGAACUCGUCAGAUUUUGACUUUGAAGAAUUGACACAUCUCCCGUUCCAGACUCAGAUAUUUUAUACCAAACUAGACGGCAUGAAAUGUAUCAGAGUAAACUCCCAUGUCCAAGAGAUCAGCUCCAACAAGGAAGAAGUAGAAGCUGAAGUUGAUGCAGAGAUGGUCGGAAUUAACAUAGUCCAGCAAGCUGCUAAGCUUGCUGGAAAAGGAGACUUCAGACAUGCCCAAGCAUACAUGAAAUGCAAUGCUAAAUACUGGGGGAAGAAUGCUACGAAUUCCACUGCCUCCAAAGAAGUGAAGAGCCAUCUCCACAAAAUUAAGGGUGUCUAUGGAAUGCUCCAAGACCAGAAUGAUAAAGAAGAGCUACAAAAGCUAGAAGACCAAGAAGAAGUGAAAGAAAUAAGCAUGAUGAACGAAUUAGAAUCUUCUCCUCGGAUCAUGGAAAAAUUUGAUGAAGAAGAAACUAGUCUCUCUAAAGAUAUUACUAACGAAAGAGAGGAUUCUGAUGAAGACUUUUGUGAUGGGAAAGAUGAAAAAGAAGAAAUAGGAGGUAAAGGUUACAAAUCUAAAUUGAAUGACGAGAUAACAUCAAAGUUUCACAACAUGAACAAGUACUCAAGAAAGAGAAAGAUGAUCUAG